GGACUCACUGGCGUAGGAACCAAGUCACAGCUCCGUGUUUCAACACGAGAGCAUUUACCGGUUGGCACACAGAGACCCAGGAAUUGUUUGCCUAGCUUCAGCUAGCUUGCUUGUCUCAUACAGUUUUGUUCAGAGCAUCUUAGUUUCCGCAACAUAUAGUUAACAGCCGUCUCUUGGACCAGCCUGGUUUUCUUGGUGGAAGUCUCCCCUGAGCCUCUUUGUGCUCCUUCGUCCGAGUAAACCUGCUCCUCUUUGGGGAUCGACAUGGAUCAGGAAUCGAAAGAAAGCACGGACCGAUCCAGCCUGGUUUCUGAUGACGGCAAGAACAGCAAGUCUGUGCUCUGUCAACGCUGCGGGUCCAAGGUGCUCUGCCCCGGUACGGCCGUGUUAGCGGAGAAGGAGCUGUUCCUGCCAUCCAUGCGGAAAAAGAGUGGCCUCAGCAGCACAGAGGCCUCAGUGGACGGUGACACACUGAGUGCCCACUGGUUUGUGGAUGACAUGUACACUUUUGAGAACGUAGGUUUCACUAAGGACGUGGGGAGGAUCAAGUACCUCAUCUGUGCAGACUGCGAGAUUGGACCAAUCGGCUGGCACAGUUUGGAUGACAAGAAAAGUUUCUACAUUGCUUUGGACAGGGUGAACCACGCAUAGUAUGAGUGCAUAUGUAAGUGAGUGCACGAGAACUUGAAAAUAAUGUGUUGGCAGGCAGAGCACUGGUUCAUGGAUUUACUCCCAGAGGUGACCCCGACUUCAUCCACCACACAUGCUUACAGAUACUGGUGUGUAUGUCUUUAACAGGCACAGGACUGUGUUGUUUUCAUUCUCAUGUUUCAUGCUGGCAGGUUUCACCUUCCUGUUAUAAUAAAAAAGGAUUUUAGGAAAUUGA